CGCAUUUAUUGAGUGAGCCUACAGAAAGAUAGAAUAUUGCAAAAACAAGCGCUAAAAAUUAACUCAAAUUCAAGACCAUUGAGUUUUAAAGGCGAAUACAGUAGCUUGGCAAAGAACUGCUGCAUUAGCUCGAAGAGGAUGAGGACAAUUGGAUGUUAAAUGUUGUAAAUUGCCUGCUGGUGGACAUUCUAAAGCCAAUAAACAGUCGUGAAGCAGCUGCAAUCUUCCAGUCAAAAUCUUGUCACAGCAUUGUCUAUAGUUAAAGCAGUGCGAGAGGAGCUUAAGGAACGAUGUGUAAACUUGACUGAGGCCCGAUGCAUGGAAACGGUUGCUGAUCUUCGAAAAAACAAUCAAAUCCACUGAGGUCAGCAACGUUCAGCGUUAAAGGGGCUUUGUUCCCCAGCGCUUUGAUGAUUUUGUUCCUAGUACUCUCCGUCAGAAAGUCAGUCAUAAAGGCUCAAAGCUUCCAGUAUUUAUGAAUCGUACAAGAUCCUUAUACCUCUACAAAUGUACAGGGAAAGUUUCCUGUUUUUGAAAAAUGUUGGAGGAGGUUCGUAUGCAAAAUUUUCUCUUGAGUGCUAAAAGACGCGAAGUGGCCAGAAGGUGGCAAUCCUUGACAAAAAUAGUUGAGACUUUAAAGAUAACUUUUCCUCUCCCACGAUUCAAUGUUGGAGGAAUGAUCUCUAAGCCAAAUUGAUAGAACUACAGAUCUAACAUUGACUUGGGAGGAAAGAAGGGAUUCAAUUUUACAGGGCAACCUUGAAGAAGGAAAUUGCAAAAAUUGCAUUUUGUUUCCUUUUGACCGGGAUUGAAGCGAGCUCGAAAAGAUCUAGCGACUGUAUAAAUAAAGUGCGCCGAUACCUGCAAAUUUUUAUUAAUGUGUAUAAGUUGCAUUUACUUCUGGCUUGACGUCAAGACAUGAGGACUUUGGGGAGAGCUUGUUUUUUACAUUAAAGGGACUGGGUCACGUGUCAUGCCGCGGGCCAAUGUUGUUGUGUUGUAGCAAAGAUCGUGGAAGGGAGACUGGAUAGGACACUGAGCUGAGAACAAAAGGCGAUUAUUCUCAUCUUCACAACAGUGUUAUCGAAAAAGUUGUAGGGUAUCCUCAUUUCCGGUUCAGCGUAUUUUUUGGAAGAAAAGCGAAGGUCGCAGUUGAUUGUGGUAGAAAAGAUGGAAUUUGAUUAUUUUGGUCCUGAUAUAGACGAAGAAAUGCUUGAAGAUUCGGCAGAGGUGACAACGAUAGCAUUUUGCAAUGAAGACAGGAUUGAGCUGCUUAUUGAGGAAAAUGAUAUCAAAAAACGGCGGAGAAAAGCGAAGAAGGGCAAUACCGAAUCUGAUGCGCGUAUCGGGGAAACAAGUAAGCCAAAAUUUCACGUUGACGUCCGCGUGAUGCUCAGGAAUGCACUUGAAGUAAUGCAGAAAAAUGAAAUGUUGUGUGAGAUGUUUGCUAAUGUGAUAGGACGUUUAUCAAAAAUCAACUUUGAAAGUAUACCAGAACUAUCUUUCCUUGAUGAAGUCCUUGCACAGACCGUAGACAUGAAAUCUUUUUCAAUGGAGAUGAUGUGGACUUGUUUCAGCAAGGUUUGGAUAAACGCAAAUGUUACUGACAAGCUGAUUGAAUGUCUCGAUGUACCUAAAUACUUUUGUUCCUGGCUGUUGUUAUAUUGCCAAGAAGAAGUGUCAAAAUAUAAUUUUAAUGCUUCAGUUCAAGUUUCUUUCGUAGCCUCCGAAGCACGACUGAAGGAGCAAGAAAAAGAGACUGUCACAUAUAUCUGUGGAGCAGUUUUGUCCAAGUUAAUUAAAAAGGCCUAUGACAAUUUGCAGAAGCCACAAAUAAAUGAAAAUGCAGAAUUGGCACUCAAAAAGAGAAUUGAAGCUUUAAAUUGCUGCAAGAGUAGUCACUCUACUGGAGUUUACACUGGAAAACUGAUAGAAACUCUUGACCGUGGAGGGCUUGUUUAUCCGAAAGCUUCAUUUGCUGACCUUUUUCACAGAGCAGAAAAGUUAUUUCAAGAUUCCGUUUCUGGUGGUGUUAAAAAAAUUAAUGUGGCAGCCAUUGUAUCCCAAUUCUUCAGUCAGGAAGCAAAUGGAAACUACAGUAUAAGAACAAAAUCAAUAUUCAGUUCAAAAAAUGUACCUGAAAACAUGCAGAAAGUCAUAUUAAAAGACAGCAUCAAAAUAUAUGUGAAGUUGAGAGCCCAUGCCCAUGCAAAACAUUUGAUUGAGAACUAUAAGUCAACAUCAAGGAAACAGAAAAAAGAAAAGGCUUUGAGAAAAAAGUUAAAAUCUGUUUCAAAGGACAAAAAGUUGUAAUUUGUUAAGUUGUUUUGGAGAUGAUAAGAUCCUUUUUAGAAUUAUUUUACAGGAUAAGAUCAUUUCCCAAAAAUAGAAUUUGUAACUUUUUUGCUUCAAAUUUCUUGUUCUCUGUUCACCAGCAUACCCUGAAAUAGCCUCAACCACAACCAUAGCCUCAUGCCAAAAAACAUGCUUUGCCCCAAAUGUUCUAAUGUUUAAUUUUUUUAUUUUCUUACAAAUAUGCUUCAAUAGAGCUCAGGACAAGUUCCCUAUGAUGUAUUGUUGUACUGAUGUACCCAAAUAUCCACCCAUAUCCCCAAACUAGCAUUCUAGGCCCAGACUAUAAAUGGAUAACAAUAGAUGUAUUUGUGCUAAACUGAACUUAUUUAACUAACUGAACAAUUGUUUUCCUCUCAAUCACAUGACAGAAGAUUUUAAAAAAAUUAUUUUUGCUGAUUUUUUAACAUGACUGAGAACAGAACAAUUUUUAUUUAAAAACAAUCCUUAAAUUCCUUACAGGCUUGAAAUAAACAAAAUGAUCAAAAUAGAGGCAAGGGGACAACAAAAUUCAACGCAACAACUUGAGGUCACCUGAAUAAGGGUUCUAAUAAGGGUACAAUACUUUUAAUCAGAGCAGUGGAGUUAAAUGGGCACUUUUGAUUAAAAAAGCUACUUUUGUUGGACCUUCCAGUGGAAAAAUAGGGGGAGAAGUUGAAAUAAGCUACACAUAUUCUACUAAAAUCCCCAAUUUAUUCUAAGCCCAGAAAAAGUGAUUACUUCACUCAAAUAAAUAAAUAUAGUGUCUAUAGUAUAUCCACUGCUUUCACUGUUAAUAAUGCUGUAAUAUAUGCGUGUUACAUGGUCUUUUCUGCAUGUUCUAGGUUAAGAUUGCAUGUGCACUACUUCAUUCUUUAAUGGAGUAACAACAGACAAUUUUGAUUAAAGAUAGGCAAAAUGUUAAAGCUUUAAAAUGCUACAUUUGGAUAUGCUAGCCCAAUGGCAAUAAUGUCCUUUAAGCCUAUUCCCAUGUAUAACCUAGACCUAAAGGGGUUCAGCAUUCAGCUGGCAAAGUACUGGAAAAUCCAGAAUGGCCAAUCGCCCUGUUGAUGAACUCAAAUUUGACAUGU